AUGAACUACAGUGCACAUAUCUCUGGUCCUUUAUCUUCCUCAACUCGUCCCAAAAAGGCUCUCUUUCGAAACUCAGUUCUGAGAAUGACCAGAAGCAUUCUUCUGGGUGAAAUUCAAAACCUUUCUCCAGCUACAGAUAAAGAAGAACCCCCUCACGAAGAUAUCCUAAGUGAAACCGCCAGCAGUAUUGUGUUGCCAGAAACAAUGGGCACAUCAGCUUACCUGAGACAAAAGUAUGCAGCACGAGAAUUUUCAGGACUCUGUGCAGACGAUGUUGUGCUUGUGACUGGUGGUUGUGGAGGACUGGGCAGCGAACUGUGCCGCCAAUUCAAAGAAAAGGGAGUCGCGCGGGUCCUGAGCUUGGAUGUUGCCGAGCCCACAGACACGUUGCGGGUUCCUGGAGUUGAGUAUUUUGUAUGUGAUGUGUCGGACAUGUCGCAGGUCCAGAAAGUAGCCCGUGAAAUUUCCGGGUGUGACGAAAACGGGAGUUUGACAGAGGGGACUAGCGCUCGGGCACCGGAUUCAAGCCAUGUGACGGUGCUUGUGAAUAACGCGGGAAUCAUGCGUGGGAAGCCCUUACUGGAGCUAACAGAGGAGGAUUUUGCAAAGACUAUUAGGGUCAACUUGGUUGCCUGCUUCAACACGUUGCAAACAUUUGUUCCAGGGAUGCUCGCAGGUAAACGAGGAUAUAUUGUGACUGUAGCGUCAGUUUUGGGCCAUUUAUCACCGGCCAACUUGAGUGCAUAUGGAGCGUCCAAGGCUGGGCUUAUUGCAAUGCAUGAAGCUCUGACGGCCGAGCUAGAGAAUAUGGAACUUGAGGAGGAGUCGAUUUUCAAUGGCGAUGAUGGUAUGCUUCACACUGACGACAGUCCCCUCAAGUAUUUGGCUGAGCGUGCACUCACGUCACAUCCCCAAUCAUUAUUGCGUCUACGAACUCGGUCGCGGGCAUUGACUACGGCCACAAAGUUGUUUUUCCAGAAGACAUGGCUACGGAUUUGUUCCGGGCCAUUGACAGAGCCUGUUGUUUCAUUUGUGACCUCAUUGGAGAUUGCAAUCCGUACGCGGCCACCAAGACAAAAGUGUGUGAAAACUCUACUUGUGUGUCCCGGACAAAUAGGCACAGCUAUGUUUGAGGACGUAAAGACACCGUCACGAAUACUGGCACCGGUGCUAAGGCCAGAACGAGUAGCAGCAGAAGUUGUGAAAAGGGCAGGCAAGGGCCGUGGAGGUGCUGUGUAUAUGCCAGCCUAUGCUCGGUUUGUACCAUUACUCAAAGGAAUGCCAGUAAGAGUAGUUAAGACAGCGCGUUGGGUUUCCGGAAUGGAUAAGGCAGUGAGAUAA